GACGGCUUCCUGUUAGUUUAUUCUAUUAGUGAGAGGUUUAGUUUUGAAUCAGCUUUAAGAAUCAAUGGUGUACUACAGAAGGUCAGAGGCAAUUCUGAGACGCCUAUAGUAUUAGUGGGUAAUAAAACAGACAGAUCUGUAUGUCGAGAAGUAACUAUAUCAUACGGUCGAGAUCUAGCAUUCGAUCUUGGCUCAGCAUUUUACGAAACGUCGUGUUACUUCGACCCUGUGAAUAUUAAAAGUGUGUUUCAUGAUGUGAUAAGACAAGUACGGUGUGUUCGCAUGCGAUCGAGGUCUAAGGAACAAGCGUGUACAACCGUUCGUGGCUUUAUACACAGGCUUAGCUUUAAAGGCAAAAGGAAAUCGUUAAAAUCGUCAUCAUCAUCUUCCAGUACGAGUUGA